UGCCCAUGUAACUACAACUCCCUACCAAUGUCUUCAAUCUUUUUCCUGAUUACUUAUCUUCUCCAGCAAAACAAAAUGUCAGUACGCUUCCUCGUCCUGUUCGUCUUAUGCCUUCAUUGCCUUCAACUGCAUGCGCAUGGAGGCAUCUCACUGAAGUCUCAACAGAUGGCACUUCUUCAUUGGAAGUCCACACUCCGGAACUCACCGCCACAGAUGAGCUCUUGGCAGGACCAUACCAGGCCGUGCAAUUGGACCGGCAUCUUGUGUACGCCUGUGCGCCAUGGACGCCGCAGGCUCUGGGUCGUGACCAACAUCUCCCUCCCAGGUGCCGGCAUCCAUGGCCAGCUCGGACAAUCAACUUUCUGGUUCAAUGCCAAAAACUUUUGGCAACCUGCAAAACAUCCAAGAUCUACAACUAGCUAACAAUACCAUAAGCGGUGAGAUACCCACUACCCAUGGAAAUUUGACCCAGCUAAAUACUUUGUAUUUAAAUAGUAAUGAACUGUCCGGGCCAAUACCCAUAGAACUAGGCAAGCUCAUUAACCUGCAUGGUCUUGAUCUCAGCAAUAACAAGCUCACAGGUCCCAUACCCCUAGAACUUGGCAUCCUAUCAAAUCUUCAGAUUUUGACAUUGUAUAACAACCAAAUUUCUGGUUUUAUUCCAAACAACUUAGGAAACCUUAGCAACCUCCAACAUUUGUCUUUGCAAAUGAAUCAACUUUCUGGCUCAAUACCAAAAACUUUCGGCAACCUGCAAAACAUCCAAGAUCUGUACAUCCACACUAACCAAUUAUCAGGUCCUCUUCCUCAUGAGUUUGGAAAUCUCACAAGCAUAGUAGUACUUCAGCUAACUAAUAACUCCCUUUCAGGCCCUUUGCCCGCAAAUAUAUGUAUGGGUGGCAAACUCAAAGUUUUCUUGGUUUCUUUGAACAUGUUUGAUGGCUCUAUUCCGAGGAGCUUGAAGGAAUGUACAACCUUGGUUCGACUUUCACUAUAUGGGAACAAGCUAACGGGAGAUAUAUCCAAUCAUUUUGGUGUGUAUCCACAACUCGUGACAAUACGAUUAGAAUCAAAUAGGCUCUCCGGGGAAAUCUCACCGAAUUGGGGUGCCUGUCCCCAACUAGAGGUACUACAUUUAUCAGAAAAUUCUAUCAGUGGCAAAAUACCCUCUGCUCUUUCUAAAUUGUCCAACUUGGUUGAACUAAAACUCGAUUCUAAUAAUCUCAGUGGUGAGAUACCUCAUGAAAUUGGCAAUUUAACAAAUCUUUAUAGCCUGAAUUUAUCACUAAAUCAGCUGUCUGGAUCCAUACCACCACAGCUGGGAAAGCUGAGAAAUUUAGGUUACCUUGAUAUAUCUGGUAACACUUUAAGUGGAUCCAUACCUGACCAAUUGGGAGACUGCAUCAAGCUACAGUCCUUGAGGAUUAACAAUAACAACUUCAAUGGGAAUUUGCCUGGUGCAAUAGGAAAUUUGGCAAGCCUACAGAUCAUGUUAGAUGUUAGCAAUAACAAACUCAAUGGUGUCUUGCCACAACAACUUGGAAUGUUGGAGAUGCUGGAAGUUCUUAAUUUAUCCCACAACCAGUUCAGUGGAAGCAUUCCUCCCUCCUUUGCCAGCAUGUUGAGCCUAUCAACGCUUGAUGUGUCCUACAACAACUUGGAAGGACCAAUCCCAGAAGGACAUCAAUUUCAAAAUGCUUCAGCUAGCUGGUUUCUCCACAAUAAAGGUCUGUGUGGUAAUCUCUCUGGCUUGCCACCAUGUUAUUCAACUCAAGUAUCUGGUCGCCAUAAAAGAAGGCUACUUGCUUUGCUGCUUCCAAUUGUCCUUGUUGUGGGUUUCACCAUUCUUUCUACAACUGUAAUUAUCAUGAUCCGUGCUCAUAACAAGAGAAAGCCCCAAGAAAGUGUUACUAGCAACGGAAGAGACAUGUUCUCUGUCUGGAGUUUUGAUGGAAGACUUGCAUUUGAGGAUAUCGUCAGGGCAACUGAAAAUUUCGAUGACAAUUACAUCACUGGAACAGGAGGAUAUGGAAAAGUAUACAAAGCACAACUACAGGAUGGACAGAUAGUUGCUGUGAAGAAGCUUCAUCCCACUGAAGAAGAGAUGAAUGAUGAAAGAAGAUUUUCACACGAAAUGGAAAUCUUAUUGCAAAUUCGACAGAGAAGCAUUGUCAAGUUUUAUGGAUUUUGCUCCCAUCCAGAGUACAAGUUUCUUGUAUACGACUACAUAGAGAGGGGAAGCCUUCACAUAACAAUGGAAAACGAGGAGCUAGCUAAAGAAUUGAACUGGGAAAAGAGAUCAACUAUGGUUAAAGAUGUGGCUCAAGCGAUAGCUUAUUUGCACCACGAGUGCAAUCCACCGAUAAUCCAUCGAGAUCUCACAAGCAACAACAUCUUGCUCGAUAGAACUUUCAAGGCUUAUGUCUCGGAUUUUGGUACAGCAAGGAUUUUGAAACCGGAUUCAUCAAACUGGAGUGCGCUAGCAGGCACUUAUGGCUAUAUAGCUCCUGAGCUAUCCUACACAUCUAUUGUCACAGAGAAAUGUGAUGUUUAUAGCUUUGGUGUGGUUGUCCUCGAGGUAGUGAUGGGGAAACAUCCAAGAGAUCUUCUGCAUCACCUCACAUCAUCACGGGAGCAUUCUAUGGAACUUGAGGAAAUCCUGGAUCAGCGACCAGCGGCACCAACCACAACAGAAGCGAAAGACAUAGCUCUCCUAAUGAAGGUGGCAUUUUCUUGCCUGCAAGCUUCUCCACUAGCAAGGCCAACAAUGCAGGAGGCAUACCAGGCCCUUAUCCAUCAUCAGUCUUCUUGUUCUUCCCAAGACAUUUCAGUAUAGGUGGCAUUCCUAAUUGGAGUGUUCUGUUAUGGUGCAGAGCUGUCAUACACAUGUAUUGUGACAGAGAAAUCUGACGUCUACAGCUUUGGUGUGGUUAUGCUAGAGGUGGUGCUGGGGAAGCAUAAAAAAGAUCUUUUUCAUCACCUUCCAUUAUCAUUACAGUUUACAGGAGCAGCAUUUGCUGCUUAAGGAAGUCUUCAAGUUCCUGCCGGGGUGGGUUCGGGUUUCGCUUUGCACCCACGGGUGACCCACAGGCCUCGAAAUCUGGCUCAAUCCUCAAUUCCUCAGGAGUGAGUGGGCACGAGGCCACAGGCGGCCUUAACCUCCUCACGCUCUCCCUCUAUCUCACUUCUCUCUACCAGAGCGCAGCGCCGUCCAGCAGUUUGAAGGAGCGCCGCCAAAUCCGUGAGCCCAGAGCACGGAUUCACCCCCGUCGAGCCGCGGGGAGCCAAGGGGUAGGUUGCACGACGCUCCAUCGACGAAAUCCCGCCGUCUCCCGUCGGAUUUAGCGCGUCGCCGCCGUUCUUCCUCGACUCCAGCGAGUUGCUCCGCCCUUCACCGACGAACCACCAUGGCCAAGCAGCCCAAGCUUCUCCUCCGCUCGGCCUCCCGGCACCACGCCUCCGCUCCGUCUCCUGCAGUCCCGCCUUCGGCGUCUAGGCCGCCAUUCAUCACGGCCACGCUCAGGCCGCCCCUCUCCCAGCACCGACCGCGCCACGGCAGUGGAGGCCGCCGGAUCCCGCGCCCAUGCUACGCGCCGGCGGUGGAGGCCGGUGAAUCCCGCGCCCGUUCGACGCGCCGGCGGAGGAGCGUGCCCGUGCGACGCGCCGGCGGAGGAGGGCGCCGUUGAUCCCGCGCCCUCGCUCGCCGGCGGAGGAGGCCGACGCGAGGGCCGUGUCGACGGAGAUGGGCUGGAGCAGAGCGCAGUCGGCAAGGAUCGGCAGCCGCGAGUCAUUGUGUUCCGGCCAGCCUUCGUGUUGUGUUCCGGCCGGCCUUCGUGUUGUGACUGUUGAAGUGGACAUGCUCCGGUCCUGUCGCCGUUGAGACGUGUUGUGGGCUCGAUUCUGUAGUCCGGUUAGUUGCUGUGCUGUCGUCGGUUUGAUCUUUUACUCCGGCCAGCCGCCGUUGCCGCUGUGCUGGCUGCUCCGUCGGGUUGCCAUUCUGAUCGGGUUUCGUGUUACUUCGUCAGGUUUUGCGUCUAGUAUUGAGUUUGGGGCUGGGUCGGAUUUAACGAUUCGAGUUUCGAGUUAGAUCUGUUGCCAUCCCAAUUUAUGACCGCGAUUCUGGUUCAU